UGUGUUGUGUGUGUGGGUUUUAAGGGGGGUGGGGUGGGUUAGGAGAGAGUCUGUGGUUUCCAUGGAGAUGAAGCUGAAAGUGCAGGAAAUUUAAAGGCUUUGGGUCCUUGCAAAGCAGACAAACUGGUGCCAACGUGCGUGGCUGCUGUUGCUGCUGAGGAGGCUGCUUUGCAAACGGCGGAGAGGAGCGGGGAGGAAGAACCGGCAGCUACUUCUUCCACACGCACGGGCAGACAACGAGGAGCGGCAGCAACAAGCAGAAUUCGCAACAAAAAGAGGCAUCUCCCGUUCCCGGGAAGGGCGAGAAGAAGCAGCAGCAGCAGCAGAAUUUUGGAGCGGCUUCACCAGGAGAAAUUUUAUAGAGAAGCCUGCAAGAGAAGAGUGUUUGCAGGGGGCUUGUUCUCCGCGCUUAUCAGGGGGCUGUCUUUGCUGGUGGUGCGGCGAGUGGAGAUCGUGAUCCCCUUCAAAGACGAGCUAUUUUGGAUAUCCCCGUACAAGUUUUCUGAUGUAUUUGCUUGCACCUUCUUGCCUUGCUGCUUGGUGAAUCCAGCCCCCCUUUCCCCCUCCCCCCCCCACCGGUCUCCCAAGGAUGGAUCAUUCCCAGUGCCUUGUGACUAUAUACGCCUUGGUGGUUCUGCUGGGUCUCCGGCUAGAGCAGGGCGCCUGCCAGCACUAUCUGCACAUCCGACCGGCUCCCAGCGACAACUUGCCCUUGGUGGAUCUAAUCGAGCACCCGGACCCUAUCUUUGACCCCAAGGAGAAGGAUCUUAACGAGACCUUGCUAAGGAACCUCAUGGGCGGACACUUCGACCCCAACUUUAUGGCUGUUUCUUUGCCCGAGGACCGGCUCGGAGUGGACGAUCUAGCUGAGCUGGACUUGCUGCUCAGGCAAAGACCCUCGGGAGCGAUGCCCAGCGAAAUCAAAGGGCUGGAGUUCUACGACGGGCUGCAGCCGGGCAAGAAGCACAGGCUGAGCAAGAAGCUGCGCAGGAAGCUGCAGAUGUGGCUUUGGUCCCAGACCUUCUGCCCGGUCCUAUACACGUGGAACGAUCUCGGCAGCCGCUUUUGGCCCCGGUAUGUCAAAGUGGGCAGCUGCUACAGUAAAAGGUCUUGUUCAGUCCCCGAAGGCAUGGUUUGCAAACCUGCCAAGUCCGUGCAUUUAACGAUCCUGAGGUGGAGGUGCCAGCGCCGGGGCGGGCAGAGAUGCACAUGGAUACCCAUCCAGUACCCCAUCAUUUCGGAGUGUAAGUGCUCUUGCUAGGGCUGGCACUUCCUUCGCGCCCCUUCUCCAGCGGACUCACGUGGACCUUUGCUGCAACAGAAAUAAAAGACAUUUGCUUUCUGGUUAACGUUGUAAUGCACUGUAACGUGUAGGAGAAUGUAUAUUGUGUGUGUAUAUAUGGCACCGGUUUAAUAUACUAUUAAAAGGUCAGUAUUAUACGUGAAAUAAUCAGCGUCUACUGUAUUUUCAAGACUAUUACCCUGA